GAGGUCAGUUUCGUCAUUUGCGUCAUAACCGCCAGAAAAACUGAACUGUUUCUAACAAACAAAACGGUGCAAGUGCAAUCUCCCGCCAAAUCUUCGGGCUCGUUGAUUAGAAGCUCCUCUGUUCAUUCUGAGUGCUCUUCACUUUCACCAGAGCAACCAAACUGAAAACCACUCUCCCCAAGCUCUCCAUCAAUGGCGUCCUUACUCGUCUUCCUCACCACCACCGCCGUCAUCCUCAUCCUCGUCUCUCCACUCUCUCUCUCCUCCGCCCCUCACUCCGACUCCCUCCAUCGAGCCGCCCAGAACCUCUACGGUGCCCGCUUCACCUCGAUGGCUCUGACCCUCGAGCUCAUCUCUCAGACGUCAGUCGUCCCGCACUCUCAGUCACUGACCAUCUUCGCUCCCCGAGACUCUGCCUUCUCCCGCUCUGGCCAGCCCUCGCUCUCUCUCCUCCAGUUCCACUUCACCCCACUCUCCCUUUCCCGUCACUUCCUCGCUUCACUUCCCUAUGGCACUGCCGUCCCUACCGCGCUGGGCAACCGCUCCCUUGUCGUCACUUCCCUGCCGGGUGACCCAUCCAUUUCACUCAACAGCGUCAAGAUCGAUGGCCCGCCUCUGUUCGCCGACAAGUCCCUGAUGGUUUUCGGAGUUGAGAGGUUCUUUGACCCUGGUUUUGAGCUCCCUUCGCCCGUUCAGGGCCCCACGCCUGAUCUGAACUGCGUCUCCUCACUGAAGAGGGGGAAUCGCGCAGGCUUUCCAGGCGAUAGUUCGUUCCACGAGGCUUCAAGAAAGAUGAGAUCUUCAGGGUACUCUGUGAUGGGUUCGAUUCUCGGAGCGCAGCUUCUGGGGUUUGAGUAUCGGACUGCUUCGUUGACUCUGUUCGCGCCAGUUGACAAGGCGAUGACGCAUAGAAAGGGCAAUUUCAGCGAGUACGCUUCGAUCUUCCUUCAACACGUGGUUCGUUGUAAGCUUCUGUGGAGUGAUCUGGCUGAGUUCAGUAACGGGCCUGCACUGCCGACGUACAAGAAAGGGUAUGCUGUUCGUGUCACGAAAUCUGGCGACACCUUCAUGGUUAACAAGGUUGCUAUUGUGCACCCGGAACUGUACGUGAACGAGUGGUUCGUCGUCCAUGGGGUUCGCGAGAUGAUCGGAGCGAAGAGCAGGGCAGACAAUGUGAAGCACAGGGGGUCCCAAAAGAGUGGCCAUUUCAAGGAGAAGAUAAGGGUGAGGAGGCAGUUUCAGGUCUGGAUCGCGAUCUUGGCACUCGUCUCUACUCAAUUCUGUUGUUGAGUUCUGGUCAUCUGUUUCAUUUCUAGUUGGCUGGAGUUUCGUAACAGGGCGCAGUGUUACAGAGAUACUGAUCUUCAGUGGGAUUUUAACUCAGUACCCAUGAUGCCUCUGUUUUCUUUGAUCCCCAGAGAAAAUUCUUCACUGAUG